AUGUAUAAUGAAAGAAAUACACACACUACUUGUGCAGUCGUUUAUAAAUAGAAAAGUAGUUUUUAGUUUGUUUACAUUGGAGGAGAAUAUGAUAGUUUCUAUGGUGCAACUUGACAACAUCAGUUUCUUCUCUUGUUUCAGUUCCAUUGUCUACUUAAAGUUUGUCCAAAUAGGAAUCUAUAGUUCCUUUACAAUUUGAGGUCAUUUUGACUUCAUUAUAGAUGUCAGAAAUCUUUCGUCUGUAAUUGUGCUGUAAGGCUUUGGGAGAAAAAGGAAAAAGGUAGGAAAAGAAAUACAAAGGCAACGCUUAAAAAGCCGGAUGGAGGUCACACUGGUGAGACCUCUGGUUACUGAUUGAACAGGUUCAACCAGUGGGACCUUCCAGUUUAUUAAAAAAUAAUUCAAAAUAUUAAAUAUAAUAGAUAUUUAGUUGAAAUAUGAAUUUUUCUUAAUAGUAUAGUGCAGAUUCAAGGGGUUAAAGAUCCAAAUCUCAUAGCAUACAAUAAAUUUAAAAAUUAAGUUUAAAACCAGUUUAAAUGUUCUUUUACUGGUACAACUGGUUUUUGUCUGAAUUGAAAAUCCCUGGUUUAAUGAUAUAUAUUGGAUCAGAUAUACCACCUGUUUCCGUCAAUUGAUUUGACUAGCUGACCCAGGUCUGUUAACACUGGUGUAAGGAGGGAAAGAAAAGAACCCUGUAACUAUUGAAGCUUGUUUGCAUUGUAAUAAUUUCAUGAAAUGGUGCAAUCCAUUUGUGUCUCAACUGCUCAGUCUUUCUUUAUUCAAGGUUGUUGGACAUGCUACUGCUUGGGGAAAGAAAUAUUCUUCCAGAUUAUUGUUGGUUAUUUUAUUGACUGACUUGCAGUAACCUCUGUCAAACUUGGAAAUGAAGUACCCACUGAUUCAAGUUUGUAAUUUUGAAUAUUUUGAAGUUUCUCCAUUAUCUCUGUUCUCUUUUGAGCUUCCUAAACUGCAAUGAUUUGUGGAAAGGGCCAUAUUUUAUGAUAUUUCUUUCUUUCUUAUUUUAUAUAUAAUGCUUGAAAAUCGAAUGUUAGGGUGAGAAUCUUAUUCAUUUCUGUCAAUUCAUGGCUUAUAUCUACGUCCCUUUGGUUGCUGAAUUGCAGCUACUACAAAUUUAGGAGAUGAUUCUAAAGAAACUAAAAUGUCUGGUUCGACUAGCCAGCUUAUUCCAAAUUCAUCUGGGGUGGAAUCUUUGGUCAGAGAUAUAUGCAGUACAACUUCCAUUGCAGAGUUCGAACUAAAACUUGGUGGAUUUCGGCUAUACAUGGUGUGGAACUUGGCUGGAAAAAGUGAACCUCCACCUCCACCUCCUCCUGUCAGUGUCAGCACCAAUAAAACUGUUGAAGCACCUAAGUCAAAUGAGACCGUUUCAACACCUUCAUUAGUUAUCACCAGACCGCUAUCUUCUUCAGGGAGAAUUGAAUCAUUCCUUGAUAAAGCUGCAGAUGAAGGUUUGGUGAUUCUUCAGUCUCCAAAGGUAGGUUUCUUCAUGAUAUCACGAACCAUUAAGGGGAAGCGUGCUCCACCAUCGUGUAAAGAGAAGCAAAUAGUAAAGGAAGGCCAGGUGCUUUGCUACAUCGAACAACUAGGCUGUGAAAUUCCGAUUGUGUCUGAUGUAUCCGGGGAGGUCAUAAAAAUUCUACAAGAGAAUGGUGAUUCUAUCGGAUAUGGUGAUGCUCUUAUUGCAAUUCUCCCUUCUUUUCCUGGGAUAAAGAAGCUGCAGUAGGUGAUUUCGGUAAUUUGCUUGUUAUCCAUUGGUCUAUCGCUGAUAUAAGGUUUAUGUCCUUUAUCAUCUUUGAAAGAAUGAAUACACCUGCCUCUAGCAUUUCAGUACAUAAGGAUUCUGUGAAAAGUAAUUGUUGCUGAUAAAAAUGUUUGUAGUCUUGGAAUUGAAUUUUUCUUGUUAGUAAUUGAAAUGUGGAACC